UUUCAGUUGGACUCCACCCAACCCCAUCCAUGGAGACGAAACAGCACCGCACGGGCUCGCUCACGGCCUUUGCGCAUACAGCUAGCAGCGCACCCACACGGCCACACCCCCAUAUAUCUCUCACUCCUCCCUGCCUGAGCUCCUACCCGAUCUCGGCCUGGGCCCAGCCUUCUCUUCUCCGGCAAUCGAUCCGGCUGAUCGAUUGAGGAGGCCGGGCGGCGGCACAUAUGGAUCGCGGUGCUGAUGAGCAGAACGGCGGCGACGCGGCGGAGUGGAAGAAGGUGGCCGACCUGAGGGUCGUCGUGGAGGCUCAGGACCCCGCUGCCAAGGAGGAAGACGACUUUGCUCUACGGAGGUUCCUACGGGCCCGUGACCACAACAUCGACAAGGCAUCGGCGAUGUUGCUCAAGUACUUGAGCUGGAAACGCACCACCAAGCCACGCGGUUCCAUCACCGAUUAUGAGGUGCAAGGUGAGCUCGUGCAGGAGAAGCUCUAUAUGCAGGGCUUGGACAAGAAGGGGCGCCCGCUAGUGUACCUCUUCCUCGCCCGCCACUUCCCCGCCAAGCGUGACCUCGAUGAGUUCAAGCGCUACGUCAUCUACAUCCUCGACAACACCUGCACCAGGUUGCAGGCAGGGCAGGAAAAGUUUGCGGUGGUGGCGGACCUUCGGGGUUGGGGGUAUGCGAAUUGCGACAUCCGAGCAUAUGUCGCGGCACUAGACAUCAUGCAGAGCUACUACCCGGAGCGGCUGGGGCGGGUGCUCCUGAUCCAUGUGCCCUACGUGUUCAUGGCGGCAUGGAAGAUGUUGUACCCUUUCAUUGAUGAUAAGACCAAGGAGAAGUUUGUGUUCGUCGCCGACAGAGACCUCGAUGCCACGUUCCGUGACUCCAUCGACGAGUCCCAGCUGCCCGAGGUGUACGGGGGCAGGCUUGAGCUUCGGGGCUACAACGAUUUGUCGCCACCGUCGUCGUCCAAUUAACUAAGAUCGAAUAUAUGUGUAUGGGCGAGCGUAACUCACAUGGUUAGGUGUCUUCUGGUGUAACCAAUUUUGUACUGUGUUUAUGAAAAGAUGUUUGUGUACAGCAGCAGGUUAAUGAUUUGUGAACGUGCAAUGCAAUGCAUGCUGAAUGUUCAAAGACCAGGCCAGUAUGCCAUGUACUGUGUAUAACGGACAGGUGGUCCGGUGCGUGCUCUUUUUGUUCUCU